AUGGAUGCAAAACUGAAGCGAAUGGACCCAUCGGUGCAGUGUAGCGACAACCUGAUGACUCUGAAGGUCAGACGGGUCAGAGAUGCGCAUUUUCUCGUGGAUAGUGGUGAGAGACCUCUUACUCCUUUGUCUCGAAUGCCCCCUAAAUGUGGCUUCUCUGUGAAGAGGACCCGCAGAGAUGUGCAGUUUGCUGCAUCCUACCAGGGCUGCCAUGUUACCCAGCAGGAUGGUGAUUACGUCCUACCGCUGCGCUUAUGGGGGGCACCAAUGACCAUGUCUUGCCCUGCUGUGUUGCCAUCGCCCUCUGUUUUCUGCUUUGCGUCUGGGAUGGUGGUGAAGAUCAGUGGCGUUACAGCAGAUGAGCUCAAAGUAAAAGACAUAAAUCCUGCUGUAGAAACAGUUGCGCCUCUGAGUGACAGCGAUCAGGUCCUGCAGCAUCCUCAGUACCAUCAGCUCCCAAUGUUUCCACAAUACUUCCAGCCCAUGCCAACAAAUACUCCAGACCCUUCUGAAGAUACAGUGGCGCCGUUGCCACAUCCACAGUUUUACUCAGGAGCUCCUGCAGACUACACCAAUGAAAACCAAGAUGUUCCUGCAGCAGAAAACCGUGAAUUCCCGUUCAUGCCACAGUUCCAUCAGUACCCUUUUCUUCCUGAUCCUGAACCACCAACACAGUCUUCUGCCGGUGAAAACACUGCCGAUCCCCUGGCCCAGUACCCACAAAUGCAACAAUCUCCACAUUACCAAUAUUCUGAUUUUCCACAAUUCCCAAUGGAACCUGAAAUUUUCCAUCCCACAACCCCAGCUCCUCCUCUUGCCACUAGCACGGAGGCUUUGGUAACCCCACCUGCGCCCGCUAUGGAGGUGGAGGGGAAUCCUCAAGUUCCUGAGCAGCAAAAGUUUCCAGUGCCUCAUCCAUAUCCUCUGCUGUCAUUCCCUAAACACCCACCAUCUCUAAAGGAUCAAGCUCAAGCUACCGAAGACACCAAAUUUGUAAUCCAGCUGCCCAAACCACAACACAUGCAUCCUCAGUCCUACCAGAUCCCUGUGAUGUAUCCUUCUCCCAACAAUCCUCCUCAAAGGCAAAAUACUCCAACUGCAGCUCCCACCGCCAUCCCCCCAACAGCCAGUACAGCUGCCAGUCAGAAGCCUACUGCUCAGAAGUCGUUUUAUCAUCCACACCCGUAUAUACCAGUUUAUUACAUUCCUCAGCAGGCUGACAUGCCUGUAUUUCCUGAUCCUCCAACCACGCCUCCUGACAGCCCAGCUCCAUCUGAUCAGCCUGAACGUCAGCCGGCCUACGGGGACAUGCCUCCUUUCCUUUUCCUUUCACAUGAGAAUCCGAAACCGGUUGGAAGAGAGCGGUGA